GCCUCGCGCAGGCCCCGCCUCCUCCCUCCUCGGUAUAAAAGCGCUCGGAGCCCUUUCCGGGGCGCAGAUGGCGCGCCGCAGGGCAGGGGAGAGUGUGCUUUUUUUGCCUUGAAGCGCCUCUCUCGCUCGUUCUCUGGAACCGCAGCGAUGCCCGGCUUGGAAACGGCGCCCCCUGCCGACGAGCCCCUGCGGAAGGAAGACGCGGAGCCCGAGGCCUCCUCCUCCUCCUCAUCAUCCCGGGAGCUGGCUGUGCGCGCCUCUUCCAACUCGUCCUCGCUGCCGGCCGCGGUGCGCGCCGCGCUGGAGCUGGCCGAAGCCCGCCGCCGGCUGCUGGAGGCGGAGAGCCGGCGGCGUGUGGUGUCGGAGCUGGAAGUGCGCGCCCACCAGCUGCACCGCGUCUUCCUGGAGGCCGAGCGCCGCCUGGUCCACCGCGCCGAGGGGUUGGGGCGCCUGGGCGGAGCGGCGGCGCAGGCCGAGCUGCAGCUGGCCUCCCGCGGCGGGCAGCGCCUCCGCAAGGGCCUCCGCCGCUGCAAGAAGGUCCGCCCGCCCGCCCUCCUCGCCUCCGCCCUCGGCCUUGGAGGGUGCGCGCCCUGGGCUGACUGGCGGCGGAGGCAACAGCAGGGACCUGAGUCGCCCUUCCGCCGUCGCCCCGCCCACGCCCGCCCGGCAGAGGGACCCCCCGCCAGUGCUUGAGAACCAGGAGCCCCCCAGUCUGCCAGAGGGAGAUUGGGAAGC